AUGGAGGAGGUGUGUGUAGACCUCACGGGGGACUCGGGGGACGAUGAGGAGCCCCAGGGGCCCCCAGGGGCCCCCCAGCUGAACGGCAGCAACACAGAAGAGCAGCAGCAGCAGCAGCAGCAGCAGCAAGAAGAAGAAGAAGAAGAAGAAGAAGAAGAAGAGUUUGAUGCAGAACGAGCAGCAGCAGCAGCAGCAGCAGCAGCAACAGCAACAGAAGGGGAAGAGUCAGAGGCAACAGCAGCAAGUGAAGCUGAUGAUGAUGAAGCAGCAGCAGCAGCAGAAGCAGAAGCAGCAGCAGCAGCAGCAGCAACGGAUGGAACAGAAGAGUAUAGUUGCGAGGAGGGAGACACAGACACAGAGGAAGAAGAAGCAGCAGCAGCAGCAGCAGCAGCAGCAGCAGCAGAAGAAGAAGAAGAAGAAGAAGAAGAAAUAGAUGAAGAAGAAAUAGAUGAAAUAGAUGAAGAUAGAGAAAGAGAAAUAGAGAGAGAAGAGAUAGAAAGAGAAAGAAAAGAAAGAAAAGAACAGAGAGAAAGGGAAAGAGAAAGAGAAAGAGAAGAGGGAGGAGAAGAAGAAGAAGAAGAAGAAGAAGAAGAAGAAGAAGGGGGUGAUACGACAGAACAGCAGCAGCAGCAGCAGCAGCAGCAGCAGCAGCAAAAGCUGCAGCAGCAGCAGCAGCUGCUGCUGCUGCGCAGAAGAAGCAGCGAAGACUCUUUUGCGGAUGCACGUGAGGCGACUGCUUCAGAUGAAGACCAGCAGCAGCAGCAGCAGCAGCAGCAGCAGCAGCAGGAGCUGGAGGACUUCUCGCAGCAGCAGGAGAAGCUGCAGCAGCAGCACGAGGAGCUGCAGCAGCUACUGCAGCAGCAGCAGCAGCAGCUCGACGGCUUCUCCUUCCUGCCGGUGACAGCCAGAGCCCAACAGCAGCAGCAGCAGCAGCAGCAGCAACCGCAGCAGCAGCAGCAGCAACAGCAGCAGCAGCAGGGGCAUUCGUUAUCAGUGCCGUUUGUAGGGCGAGGCACUUCCCUUUCUGAAGCGACAGCAGCAGCAGUGGAAGCAGCAGCAGCAGCAGCAGCAGCAGCAGCAGCAGCAGCAGCAGAAAAGGAAGCUGCGCAUACACCGCAACAGAAAGACAAAAUGCUAGAAGACACGUUCUGCUGUAUUGCUGCUGCUGCAGCACAGCCCCUAAAGGGAGAAAAACCAGAGCUGUCAGGGUACGCAGCAGCAGCAGCAGCAGCAGCAGCAACAGCAGCAGCAGCAGCAGCAGCAACAGAAGCAGCGGCAGCAGAAACAGAAGCAGCAGCAGCAGCAACAGCAGCAGCAGCAGCAGCAACAGCAGCAGCAGCAGCAGCAACAGCAGCAGCAGCAACAGCAGCAGCAGCAGCAGUAUUUUUUUUUUGGUGUUUAUUCCUGUCUGGUGGAGACGGCGGGAGAAGACAGCAGCAGCAGCAGCAACAGCAGCAGCAGCAGCAGCAGCAGCAGCAGCAGCAGCAGAGCAGCAGCAGACAGCCUUUCGCUGCUGCAGCAGACAGCAGCAAACCGCCAGCGUUUAGCUGCAGCUUUGGGGGGCCGCCUGGGGGCGACGAAGCUGCGGUGUAUACUCUCCUGUCUCUCUCAAGAAGCGUAGACAGCAGCAGCAGCGAAUCAGCUAGCAGCAACAGCAGCAGCAGCAACAGCAGCAGCAGCAGCAGCAGCAGCAGCAGCAGCAGCAGCAGCAGCAGCAGCAGCAAGUGUGUGUUUGUUGCUGCAGAGCAGCAGCUGGAUCUGCUGAUUGAAAUAGCUGCACAAAGCGAAGCCGUCAAAACCCUGUUACUGCUGCUGGUACAGCCGCUGCUGCUACUGGCGUUGCUACUACUGUUCUUGCAGCAGCAGCAGCAGCUGCUGCUGCAGCAGCAGCAGCAGCAGGAGACACGAGAUAAAUAG